UUGUGUUAAAAUGUUAGAUAACAGAACCCUCCAUUCCUCGCAUCGGCAAAUCGAAAACCAAAAUCCUUGAUUAUAACUGACGCCGAUCCGCUCACCGAAAAAUGAACGACGCAGAUGUAUCAAAGCAGAUCCAGCAGAUGGUGCGGUUCAUCCGCCAGGAAGCCGAAGAGAAGGCCAAUGAGAUCUCCGUCUCCGCUGAAGAAGAAUUCAAUAUAGAGAAGUUGCAGCUAGUGGAAGCGGAGAAGAAAAAGAUCAGACAAGAGUACGAGCGCAAAGAUAAACAAGUUCAAGUUCGUAAAAAAAUUGAAUACUCCAUGCAGCUCAAUGCUUCUCGGAUCAAGGUUCUUCAAGCUCAGGAUGACUUGGUUAACUCGAUGAAGGAGGCUGGGUCAAAAGAGCUUUUGAACGUGAGCCAGAAUGGCAAUAGCUAUAAAAAACUUCUGAAAGAUCUCAUUGUUCAGAGUUUGCUCAGACUGAAAGAGCCAUCCGUCUUAUUGCGCUGUCGUAAAGAAGAUGUAGGUUUUGUGGAGUCUGUCUUGGACUCUGCAAAGAAGGAGUACGCAAAGAAGGCAACAGUUCAUCCUCCUGAGAUCAUAGUUGAUAGUGUCUACCUUCCACCUGCUCCAUCCCAUGCUAAUGAACAUGAUCUUUUCUGUUCCGGAGGUGUAGUGUUGGCUUCUCGAGAUGGGAAAAUUGUUUUUGAAAACACUCUUGAUGCUAGGUUGGAUGUUGUGUUCCGUAAGAAACUUCCAGAGAUCCGCAAGCUGCUUUUUGGUCAGGUUGCUGCCUAAUCGGUCGAAAGCAUUUUGGAUACAAGCUUUAAUGGUUCUAAAAUGAGUCAGUCCGUAGUAAUUAUCUUCUAAUCUCGCUUGUCCUGUAAUUUUACUUCUUUGUUGCUUGCAUAAGCUUGCUCUUAAACCGAUUUGUGUGUUUUACUGGGCAGAUUGAGAGCCUGUUCAGUUGAAGCAUAAUUUAUUCGUAUUAGCUUCAUUCUGCUUUUAACUUUUUAUUAUAAAUUUGUAAAAUAAGUCUAAGACAAUGUGUUUGUUGCAUUGAGGUAAUAAAUGAGAUCGAAUUAAAAUGGUUGUAAA